AUGGAAUUGAAAAAGUUUCACCAAAUUCAUACAAUUUCGGACUACUAUUAUGGGAUCCAUUUGAACUACCAAUUUCUUUUGUACAUCGCUGCUAUCAUACAACUUCCGAUUAUUAGUGGAGCCAAAAAGUCUUCAGAUUCUGAAAUAAAUUAUUUAGAAAAAAUGGUGUGUUUUCAAACUGUGGGCAUUGGAUUCAUUAAAAUGAGCAUGAUCCCGAUAUUUCUGACGCUUCUCUUCAAAGGAGUCAAUGACACUGUGAUCUCCGUACUCUUUGUCAUGGUUGAUUUGUUUAUUGUUCCAAUUGUUGCUCAAAUCUCGGAAUUCUUGUACCGCCCAAGAGCAGCAGUAGCGACACAAAACGAUGGAUUGAUGGGAGCUCUGAACACAAUGGAUACAAUAGAAUGUAAUCAAUUUCCCAUAAUGUCUGCAUUCAAAUUGACUCUUCUCCUUGCGGUCACUCUCGCUGUGGCGAAUUGUGGACUCAUCAAGUUGCCCACCGUGACAUCUGGAAUUUUGAGCAAUCUUGGUGCCACUGGUAAUGUCGCUGGAAACAUUGGUGCUACUGCCACUGGAGCCCUUCAAGGAGCCCUCAACACUGGAUCGUCCGCCACAGGAGCUGUCAACGCUGUAGGCAACGUUGGAACAGCUGCCACUGGUGCAAUUGGAGGAGCCGUUGAUGCUGCUGGAAAUAUUGUCGCGUCUGCAACUGCCCAACUUUCUUCUCAGUUUUCCGCUGACCUCGUUGCUCAGCUUGCAGGAGUUGCAAACGCAGCCGCCGUUGGUUCGAUUGCAUUUGACUUUGUUGGGUCAAUUGCUGCUCAAGCUCAAGCCGCUGGAAACAUCGAUACUAAUGCUAUUGGUUCCCUUGCCGCGAACUUUGCUGCUGAUCUUUCCGGAGCCAUUGGAGGAACUGUAGACGAAGAAGCUAUUAGUUCUAUCACUGUUGACUUUGCUGAGAAACUUAAUGCUCUUUUUGCAACCACCGGAGAAAUUACCGCUGAUGAUAUUGCUACUCUUGCUGCUGAGUUUGCUACCGAAAUUGCUGCGCAGGAAUCUGGAAGUGUCAAUGGAGUUGUCAAUGGUGCUGCUGGAAUUUCCGGAAAUGCCAAUGCUGCUAUCAACGCUGCUGUUAAUGCUGCUGUGAAUGCUGCAGCCGAGGCCUCUGGAUCUGCCGAAAUUGUUGCUAACCUUGCUGCUGAACUCGAAGCCCAAGCAAACGGAAAUGUUGAUCUUCAAACAGCCGCACAUAUUAUGGCCGAACUUUCGGGACAUGUCGUUGGAAACGUGGAUAGCCAAGCUGCUGCAUCAAUCGUGGCCAAUUUUGUUGCCUCGUUCUUUGCAGAAGCUCACGCUAGUUUCGAUGCCACAGCUUCAAUUGUCGCUGAUGUAUCGGCUCAACUUUCUGCUGAAGCUCAAGGAAGUGCUGAUGCUAACCUUCAAGCAGCCGCUUCGAUCGUCGCUGAACUUGCUGCUCAGCUUUCCGCACAAGCUCACGGAAGCCUCGAACCAUCAUCUCAAUUGACUGCCGAUAUUUCAGCUGCCAUUUCUGCCAAGCUAAAUGAAAAUGCAGAAAUCAAUGCAAAUGCAGAUGCCAAUGCUAUCAACUCCCUUAUUGCUGAGUUUUCCGCUAACAUUGCCGCUAAAAUUGAAGCAUCCGGAACUGCUAACGCUCAAGCUGCUAUUUCAGCUUGUACUUCCUUCGUUGCCCAAAUUUCUGCCCAGAUUGAUGCUUCGGCAGGCAUCACUGCCGAAGCAGCUGCUACCCUUGCUUCUGAAUUUGCUGCUAACCUUGCCGCACAAGCAAGUGUAGAGGUGUCUACUUCAUUCGCUGCCGAGUUUGCUGCUGAUAUUGGUGCCGAAGUAUCUGGACAAGCUGAAGAGAAUCAUGGGGACAAUGGAAAAAAUUGA